AUGGGCAGAUGCCAAUCCAAGCUGCCCCAGGUGGGAAAACCCCUGAGGCCUCAGCAGAAGGAUCUGCUCAAGUCCCACCGGAUCAUCUUCGUCAUGGGGGGACCAGGCUGUGGCAAGGGGACACAGUGUGAGAACAUGGCGGCCAAGUACGGCUUCUGCCACGUGGGCCUUGGGGAGCUAUUGAGAGAGGAGGCCAAUCAGGCCACUGUACGGGGCCAGCAGAUCCGGGACAUCAUGCUGAAGGGCCUGCUGGUGCCCACGGGCGUGAUUCUGGACAUGGUGAGUGACAACAUGUUGUCCCGGCCAGAAAGCAAGGGCUUUCUCAUAGAUGGAUUCCCCCGGGAGCUCAGCCAAGCCAAGGAGUUUGAACGCAUUGUAAAAAGAAAAAGGUCAGUCAGCAGAAGACCUUGGGUGGGCCGUUCCCCCAACAUCGUUAUUGUCUUCGACUGCUCCACGGAGACCAUGAUUCACCGGGUACUGCUAAGAGGCCAGAAAGGACAACGAGAGGACGAUGCUGAGGACAUCGUGCGGCAGCGGCUGGAGACCCACUACACCCUGUGUGAGCCCAUCUUGGCUUUCUACCAGCAGAAAAACCUUCUCCGGAAUAUCCUGGCAGAAGAUGCUGCAGAAAACAUCUUUGCCAAAUGCUGCUCCGUCAUUGACAGUCUGCAGUAGAGCUGGAGCCCUCCCCCGCCCCCACUGGAGGCCCAGAGCUCCAAGACAGCCUAGAGCCUCAGUGAGGGCAGCAGUCGACAUUUCCUGGGGACCUUCAUGAGGGAAAGCAUAUUUUCCAAUCACCAUUAUCAGGCUCUUACAACAUCUAUACUGAACAACAUCUGC